AUGGCGGGAAGUGUGCUUACGGGCUGGCUGCGUUACAUAACGGCAACUUUGUUCACAAAUAUUGUGUACGACCCCAGUGAAUCGGACUGCAAGUAUAUCCUAGUGGACUUCGAGCACGGAGGCAAACCGGGAAAAGUACCUGGGGAUUCAUUGACUAGCUUGGGUGAUAAAUACACAACACGUUCUGAUAUUUACCAAUUUGGAAAGCUUUUAGAAGAAUAUUUAUUCUCUGUUGCUUUCUCACGACGAAAAAACUUUGCAACCAAGCUAAAGGAAAAAACAUCGAGUGCAAACCAAGCACUUCGCCUAACAUGGUUAAAUGAUGCAUAA